AUGCAUCCUGUAGUACGGUGUAGUUGGUGUGACGAAUUUUCCGACGAUUGGAGAGAAUUCAACAGCAGUGUAGUUGUCUCGGGAAGAGAUGUAAUAAUUCGUGAUAUGAUCGAUAUUUUUCAGUUGCCUCAGGGUUGGAACAUCAAACACAACGAAGAAAUAUGCAUGAAAUGCUUGCAAAGAUUAGAAUAUUGCUACCAAUUCUAUGGAACAUUGUUAACUAAAGCGUCAAAAGAAAGUAAUGCACCCACUGAUCUAACUAAGGAUCUAUCUAAGGACGGCUCCUACAUACAGUGUCCCGGCUGUGACGCUUCUUUUCCUUCCCAGCUAGAAUUAGAAAAACACUCCAAAAUACAGCAUCCCAAAUCGAAGGGCCACUUUCACUACUGUCAUAUGUGCAAAAAGUCAUUUAAAACCAACCGUGGCAUGUUACAGCACUGUGCAAUUUAUCAUGGAGCACAGGAAACUUACUGUUGCCACAUGUGCGAACGGCAGUUUCUCACCAAAACCAACUAUACAAAUCAUAUGCGCUAUCACCAGGACCAUGUGUGCUGUUUUUGCAACAGCGGAUGGAUAAACGAUACCAGCGUGCUGGAGCACGUGCGUACCAGCCACCCGGAUCGGUUGUUUGUUUGUCACUUUUGCAGCCGAAAGGAACGGCUAAAGAAGUGUCUUAACCGACAUCUACGUGCCACCCAUCAGCAGGAAUCGAAUCCUUAUUUCUGUGGCCACUGUGGUACCAAUAGUUGCACCUACGAGAGUUAUGAAAAGCUAACGGAUCAUUUGCAACAACAACAUCAUGAGGACGAAGGGAACGUUGAUGAAAAGGAUGCUUACGGAACUCUUUUGAAUGAUUCUCUAUUUUCGAAGGAGUUGGAUUUACACGAAAUAGAUGUGAUUGUUAAGGAGCAGGAGCUAUUUCUACAAAAUUUUCAUUUAAUUAGGAGUGGCAAUGAGAAGCAGGAAUUUUCUCGACCAAUUGAACCACGCAUCGAUCAAAGGAUGGUACUUGAAGAUUUCCUCGAUGAAGCGUUCGAGAAUGACGAGAUCUGGAAUAAGUACAUUGAAAACGGCGAGGAGUAUCUAAUCGACGAUUACGAUUUCUAUCUACAAGGAGCGGAAAAUAAUACGGAACAAGAAACGAGCGCGUACGCAUGUCCACAGUGUCAGCGAGGAUUUCAAAAGCAGCAACAUUUAUCCGUUCAUCUUGCCGAGGAGCACGACGCACCGAGUCUGGUGUGUAACGAUUGUGGUGCUAGCUUUACCCGUCGAUCAAACUAUCGCACCCAUCGGCGAGAACAUCUGAAGGACAAUGUACGCUUUCGUGAGAACAAUAUUCCCGAAAUGGAGGAAGCUCUUUCGCUGGUUCAAAGCACUUCCUUGAAUUACUCGGUACUCGAUAAAGAAGGAGGAUAUUUAUUCACGUGCAAUCUGUGUGAUCGCACCUUCCAGCGGAAACACAAUCUGGAAAAGCACCGUUGUCCGUUCUACAAUCCUUCCCAGCGACAAAGCACAGAGGAAGGAGAGACAACGGUCGAACGCGCGCACCAAUUGGACAUUGGAGCAUCGGAUCUUCCAACCAACCAGGAAAUCAUCUACUGUAUGCUUUGCGAUCGCCGGUUUAGCUCUACCUCUGGGCUGAAGUAUCAUCUCAAACGACACACGGGCAUGAAAGCGUUCGCAUGUUUAUACUGUGAGAAACGAUUUACAGCGAAUUCGAACCUGCACGCACACAUCCGGAACGUGCACAGCCAGCGGAAGGAGUACCGGUGCACCGAGUGCAAUGAAUUGUUUGCUACUAAAGAUCACCUCAAUAAACACCAACGAUCGCGGCACCGACAGGAACGUACCUACGUUUGUGGCGAGUGUGGUAAGAGCUACUUGCAACGAUCGCAUUUGAACGAUCACGUGGCAGCGAGCCAUCGUGAAGAACGAUACAUGUGUAACAUUUGCAAUGGUUCUUACGUUAGUAAAAGUUCCUUGAAACGGCAUCAGCAGCAGAAACAUGAUGUUUUGUGA